AUGAAAGCAGAGUCGAGACUGGCUCGAAAUCAGUUGGGAUUGAUUCGACUCCAUGCAUCACGCAGGUUGCGAAGUGCCUUCGGGAGGCCACGGAUGAUGGAAACUGCGAAGCAGUGCUGGCAUUUCGUCAAAUCGUCCCUCUUCGAGUAUGAGCUGCCGGAGACGCAGACGAUGCCGGUCCCCGGCCGACGAACCAGUACCAAAGUCGGAUUCGUCUAUCGCAUCUUCCAGCUCUUGAUUAUCAUUUACUUUUUCUGGUACCAAGGCUUCUACAUACAGGGUUUCUACGAAAAACUCGACUUUGACAGUACCAUCAAGUUGAAUUUGGAGGAUGCCCCAUUCGACAACUCCACCGAGGACCAUCUCGUUCCCCAGGAGUUCAGGCAAACGUACCGGGAGAUCGCCAACACGCUGGAGCAGGAGAUCCCCGCGUCGGAGGAAGACGUCUUCUUCGUCGCUACCGGCGUCGUGAUCGCUCCGAAGCAGAUCGUCGGACUCUGUCCCGAGGAUCCCACAGUGCCAGGAGCGAUAUGCGAUCCAAGCUCCCCCAAUCCCUGCCCAGCUGGAAAAACUCUCUGGAACGGGAGGACGACGGGUCGCUGCAUCGCCAGCGAUCGGGGGAAUUCCACUUGCGAGAUCCGCGCCUGGUGUCCCGUGGAGAACGACGAGAAUCUUGAGUCUGUUCCUGUUCUCGAUUCUCCCUCCCCGGCGUUGUGUCGCUUCAAUAAGUUGAUUCUGCAUCGCAGGGGCAGAGUGGUCCUCAUGCAGGAUGUGAUGAAUCGCACCGUUUUCCUCAAGAACUUCGUAUCCUUCCCUAAUUCCGGGAAUGGCAGUCGCAGGGGAAACAUCCCAAAGGCGCAUGGGGUCGGUCAGGUCCUCAAGUGUCAUUUUCACCCAGACCAGGAUCCGCACUGUCCCGUGUUUACUGUUGGGACCAUCCUCGAGGGAGCUGGCAUAGAAAACUUCAAGGACAUCGUCGUUUCGGGCGGAGUGAUGUCGAUUGACAUUUCGUGGGACUGCAAGCUGGGAAACGACCAGGAAUGCCUGCCGAAUUACGAGUUCCACAGACUCGACGAUCCCAAGACGAAGAUCGCCUCCGGCUUCAACUUUCGGUAUCAACAGUACCACAACGAGACCGUUCGCUCUCGCUUCGCGAUCGUCGGUAUCAGGUUCGAGGUGAAAGUGAGCGUCCAAGAAAGCCAGUUAAGUCCGACUCCAAUCGUCCGCGAUGUUGGGUCCUGCGUUGGCGUCCUCAUGUUGGUCGGUUCUGUUUCUACUCAUCUUACAUUCUACUACACAUCUUCUCAGUGCCGGAAAAUGAACAACCCAAAUGUGGGGGAAUCCAAGUCUCAGAUACAUCAACGGCCGGCAAUAUACGUCAGCUCAUACGGAUGCAGGAAGGCAAGGAUCAUGCAGCCAACUGCACAGUCACUGAAAAAGGCGAUUGAGAUCGCUCCAGCAAAUUUGGAGCUCUAUCUCCCCAGGGAGAUAGAGGUGGAUGGAGAACAUUAUGGAGAACACUGA